CGGUGUAUAACCUAUACGUAACUUAACUAGAAGUUAGUUAAUAUUUAUUUUGGGUGUGGUCAACCCACGUGUUGUGUUUUAAUUUGGAAAAAAGGAGGUUGUUUUUGCCUUUGAAGUUCAAAUUACAGAUCUCUCUCUCCCUCUUUUUAGUUGUCCUUUAUGUCAGUUGAAGUCACAAAGUCUCCUCUAGACGAGAAAGAGUACAGGUGUCUGUCAUUACCCAAUGGAUUGAAAGUGUUAUUAAUAUCAGAAUAUAAUUUAGCUCAUCAAUCCGAUGACGAGUUUGAUUCUGGUUCCGAGUCUGGAGAUUCCGAAUCCUCAAAUUACGAGAAUGGAAUCUCCAAAGGACUCAGUUCAGGGACUGGCUGCACUAGUAGGAAGAGAAGGAAGACAGAGAGUGGAUCAACUGAUGAUGACCAGUUUAUGAGAAAAGAAAGAGGAACUAGUAGUAGGAAGGGAACUAAGCAGCUAUUUAAUGCUGCUUGUGGUUUAUGUGUUAGAGUUGGUUCAUUUCACGAUCCUAAAGAACUGCCCGGCCUUGCACACCUACUGGAGCACAUGCUGUUUAUGGGUAGUCAGAAGUAUCCCGGGGAAAACGAGUUUGACUCGUUUGUCAGCUCUCAUGGAGGCAACUCUAAUGCCUGCACUGGAUAUGAACUGACUUAUUACUGCUUUGAAGUUAAUAAGAAAUAUUUUCAAGAAGCACUUGACAAGUUUGCACAUUUCUUCAUAUCUCCACUGAUAAUGGAGUCAAGUUUAGAGAGAGAGAUAGAAGCUGUUGAUAAUGAAUUCAAAGAUUCCUUACAAAGUGAUAGUAAUCGUCUUCAACAGUUAUUCUCAUCAUUAGCUCGUCCUGAUCACCCACUGAGGAACUUUCCCUGGGGUAACAGUGAGACUCUUAAGGUGGGGCCUAGUGAGAGUGGGGUUGAUGUGGUCAAGUAUUUGAGAGAGUUUUAUGAGAAGUAUUACUCAGCCAGCUACAUGACAUUAACAGUAGUAUCUGAAGAUUCAUUAGAUGUUUUAGAGGAGUGGGUAAAAGACUCUUUCUCUGGAAUACCCACAAAUAACAAGCCAUUCCCCUCCAUUUCUCAUUGUCAACCAGUAUUUGAUGAAGAUGUCUUCCAUAAACUAUACAAAGUUGUUCCUGUUAAAGAUUCUUAUAAAUUAUCAUUAACAUGGCUACUCCCACCAACCCUCUCUCAUUACAGAGAGAAACCAGUUGAGUAUAUCUCAAUGUUAGUUGGUCAUGAAGGAUACGGUAGCAUUCUAUCACUUUUAAAGAAAAGGAACCUUGCUACAGAUCUUGAGGCUGGUACCACUGGCGAAGACUCUGAGACUAAUUCAUGUUUCAGUUUGUUCACAUGUACCGUCACUCUCACCGAAUUUGGUAUCAAUAAUGUUUUUGAGGUUUUGUCUGUUAUAUUUCAGUAUUUAAAGUUAUUGCAGAUUGAAGGGCCACAGAAGAGGCUGUUUGAUGAGAUUCGGUUGAUAGAAGAAAACGAUUUUAAAUUUGACGAAGAAGAAGAUAGUUAUGAUUUAGUUGAAAGAUUAUGCCAGUCUAUGCAGUUUUAUGAACCAGAGGAUUAUCUAACUGGAGAUUGUCUUUACUUCAACUAUGAACCUCAAGUUAGUACAUCAAAAUGUAUCACAAAUGUAAUAAACACUGAGGGACUGUUUUUAGAAGAAGUACAUACAUGUACAUGUAUGUAAAAGAAAUUUAGUGUAUUUUUUAUCAAGAGUAAAUAAUACCUACAGUUUUGUUUUUAUCUAUUUGUACUUAUUUGUGUGUGUCCAGCUACCCAGUUCACCUUUCCCACCGGUUACUAUGGUAAAGCCAGUAUUCAUUAUGUACUAUCAUAACUUUCUUUAGUCACAAGAUCUUUGAAUAUAUUUAAGGUAUCGCCCACUUUUUGCAUCUAGCUGAUCUUCUUUAGCUGCCUUCCCUUCUUCUCUACCCUUGUUUUCAUUCUCGUUCAUUCUGAUUUCGUCGUUUUCUUAUCUUCAUUUACCAUCUUUAUCUCUCUUCAUUUUUUGUUCUUGCUUUACGUACACAAUUUUAUUCUUUUCUUGAA